AAAUUUUGAAUUGCUCGCAGCUCGAGAGUGAGUGCGUGUGUGUGUGUUUGUGUUGGAUUGUCUGGGUAUUGGGGAAUGUGUGCCCGAUUUCCUUUCCUCCCCCCCCAACUGGGCUAACACACAAACACAAAACAAAAACUCCAAUUGAAUCAGUUUGUUUAUAACCGGUCUCUGGCUUAGUUGUGGGACGGCAACGGCGACGGAUGUAAAAAAAUCGUGCGUAGCGACAACGACAACGUCUCUGGCGAACUAAAAUUAAAGGUGUGCGGAUAGAAAAUAAAUUGAAAUGCGACGAUAAAUUCAAGAAAGAAAAUCAAAUAAUGGGAAAAUAUUGAAAUAAAAAGAAAUUUUUGAAGGAAAAAAUUGAAGAAAAAUAUUUUUGAAUGAAGUUUUGAAAAAAAAAAAAUAGAAAAAAAAUAUUAAAAUUAAAAGAAUUUCAGUUUUUGAAAUAGAAUAUCAGAAAGAGGUCAAAAAAUACAAAGAGAAAAAAUUUAAAAAAAAAAAAUAAUCGAAAAUUUUGAAAAGAAAAAUCGUAUAUUUUGAAGUCUCUUUUUCCUGAUUUCAACACCGAUUUGAAGUGCGUGCGAGCGAGCGAGCGUAAGUGUAUUCAACAACUUAUCAGCGAAUUAUUGGUAUUCGUGAAGUUUUAACAACAAAAACAACAACAAAUUUGCAUUGCAUUGCAAACCUGUUUUAGGCCAUAACUCAAAAUCGCCCAACUUACGCCGUCACGUUCUCCAGGCCAAAGUUCUGCCAUACGACGAGGCCCAUGAUUUUUUAGAGAAAAAUUUAAGAUUUCGGGAAGCACCAAAGAGAGAGCGAAAGGCAGAGAGUAGUGAGUUAAACGAUCCUGCAUCGAUUCUAGUUGGAUUACCAUAACCCGUGCUCCGUUGGCCAGGGGCGUAAGGCGUACUGCAUCACUAAGACGGUGCGUUUUCUUCUUCUUCUUCCUCUUCAUCUGCUGGCGGUUUCCAAGUGUUGUUUGAUUAAAAAGUUAGUUGGUGUGGUGUGUCAGUUUGUGAGUGUUUUUGUGUCUGUCAAGGUGUGCGUGUGUUAUUCUAUAAAUACGCCAUCAAAUGCUGUGUAUUUAGUCACCGCAACAAAAUUACAAAAACAAAUAUUGUCUAACAACAACAACAACGAAAAAAAAUAAGAUAAUAAAAGAUCAACAAAGCAUAGAAUACCUCCCGCCCGCUCAGUGCCCUCAAUAACAAAAGUGAAAAAAAAAAGAAAACAAAAAUCAACAGUUACAAAAAGCUUGAAGCAGUACCAUUUCACGCUUGGCAAACAUUUUCCAUAACCUCCACGAAGCUGUAUUGGAACUCUGUGGUUAUUCGCUCUUUCUCUCCACAGCAGAUAAUAAGCCGGCGUUGAACAUAUUUUUAUACUCCAGCCAGCAAUAAAUUUAAGUAUCUUCAAUUUGCCAAUAUCACCACCACCUCUCAACCCCCCCUCACCUUUUUAACGACAAGCAAAAUCUGAGAAUCAGAUUUUCUCUUCUUUUCAAGGAUUUGCAUUGCAACGAAGGAAUUUAAACGAAUUCAAGUGAAUUUUUAUUUAAAUUCCAAAUAAUUGUUAUUUGGAGAAAGGAGGAAGAGGAUAUUGGAAUUAAGGAAGCUGUCGAUUUGGAUUUGGAGAAAAAUUAUUGAGGACAAUUGUAUUGCAAGAUUUUUGGAAACUCGUUACUCUUAACUUAACACUGGAAUCGCAAUGACCAACAGAAUGUCGGCGAUCAACGAAAAACUACACAAACAUCUAAACCUUUCUCUGCUAAUGGCAACAUUCUCCAUUCUGCUAAAUAACAACUUUGCGUGGGCUUUUACCAGUGUCUCGCCUAGCUGUGGUCCAAAUUUUCCCAGCACUUGCUUGUGUGGACGUGAAAUGUAUGAGGGCUCCAUGCAAUACAUUGUCAACUGUACCAAUGCCGGCCUCCGUAAUACCAGCGUUUUGGAAUUUAUGCCACAAGAUGUUGAGGUCCUCAUCUUCACUGGGAAUUUUAUACCCGAAUUACCGUGGAAUGUCUUCGGAUCGAUAAAUAAUUACAAAAAUCUGCGGAUUGUCGACAUGAGUAAUAAUCAUAUUCGGGAAAUUCGUGGCAAGUCCUAUCAUCAUGUCCAGAAUGUGGAACGUUUGAUUUUGAAUCACAACAAUUUGAGUAUAUCACGCGAUGAUGAUGAGGUGAAUCACCAUCAUCCCAGGGUGUUUUCGAAUUUCCUGAAUUUGCAAAGUCUUCAUUUGACCGAUGCCUUUGAUGAUAACAGUUCGCCGCAACUGAGUGAGGAUCUGCAUGACAUUUUCAUGAACAGUGAAUUGACCAAGUUGCAGAAGCUGCAUUUGGAACAGAACGAGAUUACCCAUUUCAAGGAUCGCAAGGUUUUCUGUGACUUGCCGAGUUUGAGGGAUUUGCAUUUGGGUGAUAACUAUCUGAAGGAUAUUAAUUUCGAUGUGGCCUGUUUGAAGAAUUUGAGAUUUUUGGAUUUGGAACGGAACAAAUUUGAGUUUGUCAAGACCCAUGAUCUGAUGGUGUUGAAUCAGUUGGAGGCCCGGCCAGAUCGCACUACCAACCUGAUUGUGGAUUUUAAUUUGAAUCCCUUUACAUGUGACUGUAAAAUCAGCUCCUUCCGCACAUGGAUCCAUUCCACCAAUGUCACGGUGCGCAACAAGGAAAGUCUUAUGUGUUUCCAUGACGAAGUAAAUCCCCUGCCCAUUUUGGAAAUUGAUAUGUCCCAGUGUAGUGCUGCCAUUGCUGCAGCCACCAUUAUGUUCAACACGGCCACCGACAAUCAUUAUGGCCUGGGUGGUGGUGGUCAUGAGAAUUCCGGCUUGGCCCAACAUACCGCCACCUUGAUAUUCCUGUUGAUUGUUCUGAGCAUGAUUUUAUUAGGUCUGGUCAUAGCCCUGGUCUAUGUUAGCCGUGACAAAUUGAAAUUCAUGAUUACGCCCGUUUUCGAUAAUGUGGCCAAAAAGGUCCAAUACACCUCCAUAAAGGAUGAAGAUUGUCCCGAAGUGCAUGUUUAGAGAGGGAAUUAUUUUCAUUUGGUUUAUUUCAACAUUUUUACUUUUUCUCUCUUUAUUUACUAGAUUUAGAAAAGCAAAUAAAGUAAAAAAAACAAAACGAAAAUAAAUCAAAGAUAAGUGUAUAUUAUGAAUAUAUAUAAAAAAACAAAUAAUAAAAUAACAAAAAAAACUAACCUUAAAAAUAUAACAGAAGAGGAGAAAAAAAACAAGCAAAUAGAUAAUAGUCAUCCAUAAGAAUAGAAAACAAAAAACAACAACAAAACAACAUGAAGAAACCAACGCGCCAUUUACAAUUAAUAAACAAAAAAUUAAAAAAUGAAGCAAAUCAAAAAGUUAUAAAUAAUUUUGUUGUUUAGAAUAAAAUAUAUAUACAUAAAAAAGAGAGUAAAAAAAAAGAAAUUAACCUGUGCCAUUAACAAAAAUAAAACUAAAUUUUAAAUAUUUGUUAUUUGUUCUUCAUUAUACAGUGGUUUAUACAGCGAUUUCCAACGUUUACAACCUUAGCAUCGCAUAGUCUAAAGCACACUUAAGAAUUUGCCCAACAAGGGGAAAACGUCAUGAAAACACGAUGUGGCCACUUUAAAGACUUGAUAAAUAGGGGAUAUGCCAUGGUGGAAGAAUAUAGGUAGACGCAUCGACACUUAUCUACUUAUAUUAAAAAAAAAACAUUUAAAAUUUUUUGACACAUACAAACGUUCAUGCAUCUACCUGUAUUCUUCUGCCAUGGGUAAUAUGCCAUAUUUACAUUGAAUGAAAUCUUGUUCCUUAAGCUUCUAUCGCAUCGGCGCAGCUGCUGGGACAAUGAACUGUCAAACCAAUUUUGGAAUUAAAAUUUUUGAAUGAAAGAUUAUUCAAAUUUGUAAACAUUGUUCAAAAAAAUGCAUAUAUGCAAACGGAAUCCCUGCAUAAACUUACACGCAAUCAGCUGAUUUGUCAAAAAACAAUCUGUGCGCCAUAAAAUGAAAUAAUGCGUGUAAAAAUUAAAAACCGAAUUAAAAAUAGUUCGACUUCCGAUUUGCAAAUGAAGAAGUUUGCUUGCCACAAAGGCAGGAAAAAAGAGUUGCAAUUGAUUGCAAGAAGAUAUUUAUCCUGAGAAAAUUGCCUAACUCUCAGUAAGAAACUAAAAAUUUCACUCUCGAAUUUUUUUGAGAAAAUAAUUUACCUCAUAGAAAGAGAACGGAUCAUUUAAUUAUGUACAAACUUCGUAAAUCUCAAUAUUUUUGACAAUACUAGGUCAGAUGCGAAAAUGAACAAUAUCGCUCCACUCCAAAAGUCCCAUUCUCUUAAAAUUUCGCACAUCCCAAUAUUUAUAUCAACACAAGAUCUGUGAUCAAGAUUCUUCUCCUGGUACCAUGAAACGCGAAAUGAACAUCCAACUCUUUUCAAACAUUCAUCUUUUCAAAACAACAUGACAAUACUUUAAAAACAAUUAAAAUACUCACCCAUGGCAAAACGAUAGAGGUAGUCUCAUUUCAUAUCUAAAAUAUUCAGGUAUGGCAUAUUUAACAACAAAUACGUUUUAUUUUAAGUCUUUCUUAAAGGAUCAAUGUGAAAUAUUCUUGCACAAAAAGGACAAAACUAAUUGUUACUAGUUUUCCGUUCCUACCCGAUAGCUUUUAUUGCCAGUGCUAUAGUAUCGUGCAAAAUUUACUCACAAUUAUUUGAAGGUUUGUCGAGCUUUGAAAAUCGUUUAUGAAAAAUUGAUGUGUGGCUAGUCCCCUUUAAUCUUUUGGUAAAUGAGAGAUAUGCCCAGUUUACACUAAACGAACUGUCAUUUAUAAUAGGUGUCAUGGCAGAAGAAUACAGGUAGAUGCAUCAACGCUUGGGAGCAUUGAUAUGUCAAAAAAAUUCAAAUGUUUUUUCCAGUAUAAAUAGAUUUUUAUAUGUUUUCUUAUACUACCUCAUUCGUAGGCUAUUAUAAUUCGCGUUUUUGAACAAUUUUUAAAAAAUUAAAUAAUUUUUCAUUCAACAUUUUCAAUUCUAAAAUUGGUUUGACAGCUCAUUGUCCCAGCAGCUGUGUCGACGCGCCUACCUAUAUUCUUCUACCAUGAUAGGUGUAUUACUCUAUAUUCUAACAUUAUUUAAAAUUUCUGCAUUUGACAACAUCUGAUUGUCAAAAUCUAUAUUCAGAAAUCCAUUGUAUAAACACAAAAUCUGUUUUUAUGCAUUUUUUUUUUAUCAAAUUUUUUAUUCUUGAUUUUGAUCCUUAUCUAAAAAAACUGAAGCACUGAAGAACCUGCGAACAUUAUUGAGUUUCAAAAGCAAAAAAUAGUAAAAAUGGCAAAACUUUAAGGUUCUUGCCUUGUCAAUAAACGUCAGCUGAUAAGAACUGAUGAUUUCAUCCGUAUUGUUAAAAAUAAUGUAAUUGUAAAUUCAACGUAUUAAAACGUAAACAAACAUUUUGACAGUUUGAAUUUUUCAAUCAAAAUGGCUACUUCGAUAAGAUCAGCUGAUUUCAUCCGUAUGAGAAUAUUUUGACAGUAUGAGCGGCUUUAAAUCAAAAUGUUAGAAUUUAUUUGCAUUAACACGGCCUUUUUAAUGGACCUUGCUAAAAUCACAGUAAAACUAUGUUUGCAGUGAAGCUCUUUAUGGCGUUACUUAUACUAUCACCUCUGUUAGAACAGGGCCCGGACUAGAAAAAUGGAAUUUAAUUCAAGUAUAAUAAAUCAAUCUAAUUGACAUUCGCAAAUAUGUGCUCUUUAGUUUGGCUUUCACUGUAUAAACACUGUAUUGUUUUCUAUUAAUUUUCAUAUUUCCUAAACACCUGUUUUAAAUUUAUCAAUUACCUUUUUUUCAAAAUUUCUUUCAAAAAAAAAGACCACAACUGCAUUUAUGAAUAACAAACAAAAAUUAAGACAAUUUUUAAACACACACAUGUUAUAAAUCAUAUAAUUAAAGAAAUAUUAAUUAAUUAAUUAAAAUAUUAACAAACAAUUAGGCCAUAAUUUGUAUUAAUAAUAAUUGAUGAUAUAAUUUUAUUAUUUUCCUUUCUUCAAUAACACAACAAGUAUUUAUUAUUAUUUCACUUUACAUGCAUAUAAAAAACAGAAAAGCAAACAAAAUAUAUAAAUAUGGCAAAAAAAUCAGUUAUAUUUUUGAAAAGUGUAAUUAAAAACGAAAGAAAAGAAACCAAUAUCGCAUUGAAACUAUAUAUAUAACCACAUAUCACGCUCUCUUACUCUCUCUAUAUAUACGGAAAAAAUAUAUAUGGAUUCGAAAAUGUUUUCUAAUAACUUUGAAUUAACCUUAGAUAAAACUGUGAUUUAAGUUAUUAACGAAAAUGGAGAGUUAUUGUAUCCAUUAAUUGAAAAUUGUUUCCCCCACUUUAAUUGAAAUCAUUUGAAAAGUUUUUGAUUGUUUGCAUAUAUUUUUGUUUCGAUUGCUCAUUAAUGGCCACUUUACUCUGUAAAAAUAUAACAUGAAGUAAACAUCAGCUGUUAUUGGCGUCAGCUGAUUUUGACAUAUCAGCAUAACUUAAACCAAGUUCACACCAUAUAGUUUACUUCUUCCACACUCUCAAAAUUGAUUGAUUUCUACUGAAGAUUUAUUUAUUAAUAUCUAUUGAUCAUGAAACAAACCUCAGCUGCCUUUGACAUAGCCAUAAUCUCCGUACAAUUUAAACCACGUUCACACUAUUCAGCUAUUUCUAGUAUUCAACACUUUCAAGAUUGAUUAAUUUCCGCAGAUGUGCAAUUUAUAGAACAUAUUUACAGAGUAAAAUGCCCAUUCAAUUACAUAUUUUUUCUGAAUAAAGUCUUAAGUAAAACUCCUAUAACAACUCCAUCCAACCAUAUCAUCCAACAUUGUAUUGCAAGUAUAUUUAGUUUACUUAUUUAUUUCUUUCUUAUUACUAACUAAUUAACCCUAUUUUUUGGUACUAACUCUUUAAAUUGAAUCUUUAAUUUUUUUAUUGUAACAAAACUGUUGUUAGUUGUAAACAAUUAUUUUGAUAAGAAUUGAAAUAUCAAUAAAGCAAACAAAAGACGAAAAAGGAAAA